GCCGGCGGCUGGCGGGCGAGCGAGCGGGAGGAGGCGCGCUCGGGCCGGAUCAGCUCGUCUCCUGCUCGCCUCUCGUCCGCGAUGGCCACCGACGAGCUGGCCGAUAAGCUGAGCCGCCGCUUGCAAGUGGAGGAGCACAAUGGCGAAGCCGAGCAGCAGCCGCCCGAGCACCACCCGGAGGCCGAACCGGAGCCCGAGCCGCCGGCCUUGGACAGCGGCGCCGACGGCGAGCUGAGCGCCAAGUUGCAGCGGCGCACCGAGCUCAACGACCCCGCGCAGCUCUCGCCCGGCGGCGGCGCCCAGCACCGCGUCUUCAGCCCCUACACCGAGUUCCGCGAGUUCUCCCGGAGGCAGAUCAAGGACAUGGAGCGGCUCUUUCGACAGUGAGUGGCAAAGAGGCCUCUGAGCAUGAGCAGAGUGCCUUCUCGCUUUUGCUUUCCUUUCCCCCUCUGGAAAGGCUGCGAUGGGGGAAUUUCUCUUCCUGCACCCGCCCCACCCCUCGCUCUGACCCGGGCAGCCUUUUCCCUCUCUCCCUCUACAGAAAUGCGCUCUGUACGAGCUCAGGAGCCUUUCUGAUUCUGUUUCGUACGUUCCAGGGGCUGCUUGUCUGCUUUGGUAUGUCUGGUUGCCGAAGGAGAAACCCCGUUCGAUUGGAUGGAAGGGGCUGCCUUACAUUUUAUGCUGGUCCCCACAGCGUGGGCGUGAGGGCGUUAAAAAGGUCGCAGGGAGGAGAUAGGAUAUGGUUAAAAUUAGGGGUUGAAGUCGGGGGUCUAUAAACUCCCACAUAGACACACCUUUUCUUCCACAAUUUGAGAUCUGCCCUUCUUUGUACGACAUCAGCAUGUCAGAGGUAUUUUUAAGGUUAUACAGAGAGGUUGCGGAGAACCCCACUUCUAGAGAAAUGGGGUGUUUUGUUACAGCGCUGCGUCUGCAAGUUUGAAGUCUGGGGCAGUGCUUGGAUUCUGGCGUUGGGGAGAGGUUGAGUGACAAAUAAAUAAAUCCCCAAUGACCCCCAUUCUCUUCUCUUUCCCACCCCCAAUGGUUCUCUGUUCCAUUGAUGGCUCCCCUCUAUGCCUUCUCUAGAACUUCAUUUUUUAAACAACAACAACCACUUGUAAUUCAAGUCCUGGUCUGGGGGCAAAGAUUUUGGGGUGCCACCAUUUCUCUCAAGUGCCCUCUUCUUUCUCUCUCUCCUCCCCCCCCCACUUCACCAAGGUGCCAGGGCUUAAGACAUUUGGAUGCCAGAUACAGAAAAUCUAAAUCUCCCCCACCCUUUUGUAUGCACUCCCCUUGUACACUCAUGAGCAUGGGUUCAUUUGCACCGCCCAGUUUUCAUGUAUGAAUGGAACCUGCCGAGACUGCAGCUGUAUUGUGGGGUGGGUGGGGAGCACGGAGGGGAUUUUCCCUUGUUUUCCUUACCUGUCUGGAAACCUUAUUGCUCCUCCCCCUUUCCCACCACCACGUCACCACCACUAAAUUCUGCUCCCUUUUGACAGAAGAAGGGGAGUCAUUAGUAUUCUGAGCCACACCAGGAGCAGGGAAAUCCAGGCAGGGGUGGGCAGAGGCUGGCUGGGUGAAAAUGCGCUGCCUUAAAUCUUUCCGGUUUUCCUGCAGCGCUGCAAACCCCGAACUGUUUUGUGCAAUGUGCAGAUCAGAAAAAUAAAAUGAAUUCUCUCUCUCUCUCUCUCUUUGCAAAGAAAGAAAAUCCAGAAAACCUCCACACACACACAAUAACAUCAGGAGGGUGCAGCUGCAUGUGGGAAUGAACCCUCUCAAUUUCCUGAAAGGCAUGCUUGUGUGUGUGUGUGUGUGAGAGAGAGAGAGAGAGAGAGAGAGAGAGAGAGAGGGAGAGACAGAGACUAACGUGAGCCAGGCCUCAGCACUAGAUUUACUGGAGAUGGGGCAGGUGGGCAUGUACAGAGUGCUCUUUGCUCACCACUGAGGAACCAUAGCUCGCUGUAGUUCGAGGCUAGGAGGGCAAGGUAAAGGUGACCCCACCCUGCAAAGGCUCUCUGUGUAGAAGAGAGGAACACUUGGGCAAAGUCGGCCCAUGGGUCCAUCGAGCUCAGGAUUGUCUGCAGUGUCUGGCAGAUGCACCUUACCUGGAGACGCACCUGAGACCUGCAUUCAAAGCAGAGAUCCUCUGCUGCUGGGCUGCAAUGCCCUUCCCCAUGUAAAGGCAUUUCCAAACAGGAACACUUCCUGCUCAGUGUUGAGUGAUGCCCACCAAACCAGUCCCAAGGGGGGAGACUGUACAUCUCUGAGACCUGGGCAGCCCCAGAGUAAUAAGCCCCUAUGAUGCUGCAAAUGUAAAACCAGAGACAUCUUGCUCCUAUUUUCCCAGCAGACAUGACUUCUCUGUUUGUAAAGGCAUUUCCUCUUUGGAAGAGCUGGGUUGCAAGAGGCAAAGGGACCCAGCAAGGACUGCCGUACCUUUCCCAGCUCCUGUUCUUUUCUUCUGCCACAGUCCUAUUCUGGGCUAGUUUUUGGGUGCAAGAAUCCCAGGGCAUGCCCUCAGAGGACUGCUGUGCUUUUUUGAUCCAGAUCAGUUGCCUGCAUGUCUGAUAAAAAUGGAGAUCCCCUUGGGCUCUCUGCACAGUUUCCAUUUGUGCAGGCCAUGUGCUAAAUUCUUUAGUAACUUGGUAGCCCCAGCCUUGGGUCCCCGGAUGUUGUACCGCAUCAGCCAAUAGUCCAACAUCUGGACUAUGGCCAAUAGUAAAAGGUGAUGCGAGCUGUGGUUCAGCUACAGAUUGUACAUCUUUAGAAAUGGUCAUAUAGAUUUUAAUGUCGUAAUGGGAUUCUUUGAUUGUGUGUUUUUAAUUAUCCUGAAUCUUAACAAUGUUGUGUGAUAGGUUUUUAUGUUUUUAUCUGGGUAGUAAAUAAUAAUAAUAAUAAUAAUAGGAAUAGGAAUAAUAAUGGCAUAGUUAGUAAGAUAGAAUGAUAAUCAUAGAGGAACAAUAAUUGUGGAGAUGGUUUUGUUUUUGAGAUUGUGUACUUUUUUUGUAUUCUGCUUCAUUGUUACCUUUUCUUGUGCACUGUUUCAAGGGCUGUGAAGCAGUUUAUAUACUUGUCAAAUAAAUAAACAAACCCAACAUCUGAGGACCCAAAGCUGGGAAAUGUUCCAGGAGAAUAAGUCACAUAGGAGGACAGCUCUGCCAAUGGCUGUUAGGUGUGAUAGCUCAAUAAAGCUCCCUUAUUAGGUGCAGCAGACCCAGAUUUUGGGGGUGAACAAGUUGUGACAGCUGUCGUCUUCUUGCCAUAGAUCUCCAUCUGAUAAUUGUUGGAAGCAGAUGGACCUACCUUGACCUGUUUCAGCAAGGUUGCUCUUAACAAAUGGCACAAAAUAAGACCUUGGCUUCAGGCAGGAGUAGCCAAUGUGUUGCCAUCCAGAUGUUGCAUCUCCCUUCAGUCCCAGCCAGCAGUCAGGGAUGAGCAUUUUAGUCCAUAACAUCUGUAAGCUGCCUACGAAGGCACAAGCCCUCAGGUCCCUAGACAACUCGAUCACAAAUUGUCCUUUUCUGUCCUUGUACAAUGCAGUCACAAGCGCACUCAAGCCCUCGUGCCUUGCACCACCUUUACAGCUGAUCUGCAGUGUGUUCUUACGAGAGGCUAUGAAAUGUAUUUUGCUUUAGAUCCCUGGCCUCAUCCUUCACCUCCCCACCAACAAAAAAACCAAAACCCUCACCCUCUAAACUCAAAGCCACUCAUGCUGGUUUGCAGUGAAACAGCUUAACGUUCCAUUGAAUAGGAAGUGGUCACUGCAGACUCUUCUCUGUCUGGGCUAGAAUGAGCUAAGAUUGGGCUUGGUCAAUGGCUAAGGAUUUGAUGAUGGAACAACUAUAUGUGUUUAAGAAAAAGACAGACCUGUAUAGGGAAAAUGUUAAUGUUUGAUGUCUUACUGUGCUUUUAUACUUUGUUGGAAUCUGCCCAGAGUGGCUAGGGCAACCCAGUCAGAUGGGCAGGGCGCUAUUAUUAUUAUUAGUUCAUCAGCUUCAGAAGCUGAGACAGAACAAGUUUCACUGUCACACAAAGUCCAUUUCUCCACUUCCUCUCUGACAUGUGCAAUCAGACCAGGAAGUCUCUUAAUUCCAUAUCGGUUCCUGUUUCGUCCAAACCAGGAAAUUAUAGUUAGCAGUUUCAGAAUAAGCCAGGAUAUAAAACCACAGUUUGAAAUUGGCUUAAUGCCUUGGCUUGUUCCUAAGUGGGUAACUCUUGUUUCCUAGCGUAGAAAAAUACAGGAAACUAUAUUUAAUUACAGGUUUAUUAGUUUGAUUGCUUGGUUGCAGCAGGAAGAACAGUUGUGGAUGACGAUCCCCAAAGCCACAGCAGCAUGGCUAGUGCUCAGGAAUUAUGGGAGUUGUAGUCCACAACAUCUGGAGGGGUACCACGUUGACUCUCUCUGACAUGUGAAGCUUUAACCUUUUCACUGCUGCCUUCCUGGUGCAAAUCCCACCCCUCUCAUGUUGAAAAUCAGGAGUGCCCCACUCCAGUCACUUGCUGCUGCUAUUGCUAUUUCUAUAAUUAUUAUUUUAUGGGUGUUUAAACUGGGAUGUUUAGUGCCGUGUCUAGUUGGAUCCUCAGUGUUGUUGUUGAACUAUAAAGCUCCAAGUGUUUUAGUCUUUCUUCAUAGGGCAAGAGAGGUCCCCUGCCCCAAGGAGGCUGCAGUUUAACUCAGACUUAUAAAUGACCGCUCCAGCUGGAGAAAGUAGAAUAUGCUGCGGGAGAUGAUCUUUCUGGUUUAAAUUACAGAAGCUGCAGAGAGACAGCGGGCAGGUGAACCGUGUUUAGUGUUUCUCUUUUGAAAUCCAGCCUUUUCAGCACCUGAAAUCUGGAAUCACGCUGGAGCCUGCAUUGGGUCAGAAUCUCUUGCUGCUAAAUUUCUCUACCUGUGUCUGUUGCAGAUGUCAAGCCAAGGUCGUCUGUGGUGAAAGAGGCAGCAUCUGUCCUUAGCAAGGGAAACAUUAGGAAGAACUUCCUGACAGUAAGAGCUGUUCGACAGUGGAAUUUGCUGCCAAGGAGUGUGGUGGAGUCUCCUUCUUUGGAGGUCUUUAAGCAGAGGCUUGACAACCAUAUGUCAGGAGUGCUCUGAUGGUGUUUCCUGCUUGGCAGGGGGUUGGACUCGAUGGCCCUUGUGGUCUCUUCCAACUCUAUGAUUCUAAAUAUAAAGUGGGCUGGGGGUGUCCCAGAGCACUUGAACCACUCCCUCUGAAGUUGCCUUCCUUGUUUGAAAUGUGUCCUUGGCUGCAGUGCAGGGUUGAGAGUGCAAUUGCGGAUGAGAGGCUGGCCAGAAAAGGAGAGAGGAAGUUGCAGGCUGAUGCACCCAGGAAGCUUGCCCUAAUUCAUUCACCCCGUGCUGUGAAAAUGCAGCAGAACAGAGAGGACGUGCACAGAUGUAGCAAAGCAGCGUAGCAGCGACUGUGUCACCUAUCUUUUGCAAUCCUGUGCUAAGAGGGAACAAUCAAAUAUUAGCUGAACAGGAACGUCCUGCGAAAGUUAGUUGUGUGAAUGACCCAAAUGCUGCAGCAAAUGAUGAUCAGGUAGCCCAGGGAUCAUAGAAUCACGGAAUUGUAGCGUUGGGAGGGAUCAUCUCGUCCAACCCCCUGCAAUGCAGGAAUCUCAGCUAAAGUAUCCAUGACUGAUGGCCAUCCAACCUCCGCUUAAAAACCUCCAAGGAAGGUGAGUCUGUCACCUUCCAAGGGAGUCCACGCCUCUGUGAAACAGCUCUUAUUGUCAGAAAGUUCUUCCUGAUGUUUAGACAAAAUAUCCUUUCCUGUCACUUGAAUCUGUUGGUUUGGAUCCGUCUGGAGCAGGAGAAAACUAGCUUGUUCCAUCUCUCAUGUGACAGACCUUUAGAUAUUGGAAGACGGCUAUCAUAUCUCCUCUCAGUCUCCUCUUAUCCAGGCUAUGCGUACCCAACUGCCUCAACCGUUCCUCAUCAGGCUUGGUUUCCAGGCCCUUGAUCAUCUUGGUUGCCCUCAUCUGCACACAUUCCAGCUUGUCAAUAUCCUUCUUAAAUUGUGGUGCCCAGAGAUGGAUGGUCCAGGGUCCUCAAGAACGUGGGACACAUUGGAUACAGUGAGGUGUUCGAAUGUGUGUAGGUAAAAAUGUUCAGGCUAGGCUGAUGGGAGUUGGGAGGGGGUCCCCAACAUCUGGAGGUCCAUCAAUUCCCCACAUCAAGUUUAGGAUCAUUAACAGGGAGUGUGUGAAACCACGGAUAUGCUUUGAGAAAGAUCUCUGCAAGAAACAGACAGGCAGUGGGACUCCGUAUGGCGCCUGCGAGGCUGCAGUAGUAACAAUACACUUGAUGUAAAACGAUUACAGGGUUCCAUUACGCUUCCUUACAAGGGACAACUCAAGUGGAAUCAUCUAUGGUGUAGGUUUGCACUUCAAUGCGAAACUACCUCAUUUCCACAUCCCGAAACAGAAUGUGGACCAAAACACAGCCGCCUCUUAAAAUCCUCACGUCCCCCAGUUUUGCCGUGCGAUUCUCCCAUCAAAGGCAGGAGUACAAAGAUUCAUCUGUUAGGGGGAAGUGUGCACGGCAAGGCAAAUCAUAAUAAAAAUAAAUGCAUUGGCGAAAAUUGCUUGCAAAAAUGUGUAUAUAAGCCAAAAUUGCACACAGAAAUGUGUGCUUUAGGAGGAACGGGCAAUAAAAUGCUAGUGGGUUUUUGUGAUGCUCUUUUUUUAAAAAAUAAAUCACAAACUAAUGUCGAAAGGUGGUAAAUGGAACUUAAGAGUGGAAUAAGAAAAAAAAACCCACCACUUUAGUGAAAUCCCAAAUUGUCGGAUUCUGUACAUCUUGGCUACAGUUUACUAGGGCAGCCAGGAAGGCAGAUAAAGAUGGGGUCAGGCUGACCCUGCUGACUAUUCUUGAACCAGGUGUAGGGAACCCACGGUGGUUGAACUAGAUGACAAUUCCCUUCCAACUCUACAAUUCUGUGAUACUAUACUCCUCCAGAUUUUAUUGAACUAUAACUCCUAUCUGCCCCAACAAGUACAGCCAGUGGCUAGGGAUUAUGGGAGUUGAAGUUCAGCAACAUCUGGAGCGGGGGGGGGGGAGAAAGUCAAUUCAGUUCACAUUUAAAGCCAAACUUUAUCUAAUUCACACUUUCUGAAAAAGAAAGAAACCACCCUUCUUCAACCAAUAUUGGGGGGGGGGGGAGAAUGUGCCUAAAAUGAAUAUACCUGUGAGAAUAACAUACAAAAACACAAUUUAUUGGGGGAAAUUGCUUGCCAAAAUGUGCACAUUAGUUAAAACUGCAUACAAAGUUGUGUUCCUUAAGAGAGAUUUGCACUAAAACGCUGAAGAAUUUUCAUGAGGGUUAAAAAAAAAAAAGAUUUAGAGAACCACAACAAGCUCACCACACACAGCAUGCCUUAUUAAACCAAAUCCACAUGACACCAAAUUUGCUGUUUUAUGGACAGUGGUGUGACAAACCCGAAACCGCGUUCCCUCUGCAUCUGACACCACGAGACGUACCGUAACUAUCAAGUUUCCUGGCUUCCUGUCUCUUCGUUCCCGUAAUAUGCAUUUUCGCCUUCCUCUUAUUGCAACCUGUUCCUUUUCUGUUAUUAACACUGAGUUGUUGCUUUUCUGGCUGGGGCCAGUUUGCAGUAUUUCCCAUGCCGCCUUCCAUAUCUGGAGGUCCUCCCCCUUGUUGCAAUUGCUUUUCCUGCUCAGACACUCUCAAAACAGCAACCUUCUCCCUGCAAGAGCUCUUAAGUAUUCCGCACUCACCUUGCCGUCACUUAUCAUUGCUUAGUUUUGCCAAAGCAGAAAGAAACUAUUACCUAGAGCAAAAGGCAACAAAGUGUUUUUGUGGUACCUUAAAGACUGGCAGGGGAUGUGGGUGGCGCUGUUGGUUAAACCACAGAGUCUAGGACUUGCCGAUCAGAAGGUCGGCAGUUCGAAUCCCUGCGACGGGGUGAGCUCCCGUUGCUCGGUCCCUGCUCCUGCCAACCUAGCAGUUCGAAAGCACAUCAAAGUGCAAGUAGAUAAAUAGGUACCGCUCUGGCGGAAAGGUAAAAGGCGUUUCCGUGUGCUGCUCUGGUUCGCCAGAAGUGGCUUAGUCAUCCUGGCCACAUGACCAGGCUCCCACAUGUACGCCGGCUCCCUCGGCCAAUAAAGCGAGAUGAGCGUCGCAACCCCAGAGUCGGCCACGACUGGACUUAACUGUCAGGGGUCCUUUACCGUUUUAAAGACUGGCAGAUUUAUUAUGGCAUAAGAUUUCAUGGACUACAAAUGCUUGAAGUACUAUCGUUUGUGGCAGGUGCUUGUGCUCUCUCUCUCACACACUAGGGACUGCUUUGCCUGCUUACUCUCCUCGCCAAACCCAUCUACACCUUUGCCAACUUUUCCCCCCCACACUUGUCACACACUUGUCCCUUCACAACUCGCCCAUCCCCUCACAGCUCACCCUGAUCCCCAACUCCUUUUAAUAGCAUUGUUUAACCGAGAAAAGGAGCGCGUCAGAGAGUGGUUUGCUGAGACAUUCUCUGAAACGCACUGUCUCCCUCCUUUAAACAGCUUGCCUGGACUACUUCUUGCUUGCUUGCCUGCUGUUCUGUCAUCUCGCUGUGGCUGUCUAUCAGCGGCCACGCACACUGCAGCGUGAUGACAGCCUUACAAUAUUGUUAUAUAGUAAAGACAUACACGAGUAUGUCUGAUCGUGGAAGUGGGGGUUGUACAUAUGUAAAUGAUUGGGGAAGAUGUACUUCAAGGUACAAUCAAGUCAGAAGGGAAAUGAGAUGCAGAAAAGUAAACAUUCAGUCGCCAUUCAUUAAAAAAAACAGGCCAGCAUUGGUUAGCCAACAAACACAAGUGAUGUGAUAAAAAUCCAUCAUCCCGACUCAGUGAUAGCAUAGAACCUCCUGAAUUUUGCAAUUCACUGGUUUCACAUUCCACUCUCCCUUUGAAGUUGCCCUUCUUUAGUCUGCAGCCGUCUUUAGUUUCAGAAUUUCCUGGGAGGUUGGAAUGUUUUGCCACCGAGUUUCUUGGAUAUUGCCAUUUGAUGUCAGAUUUGUGGCCAUUUAUCCUUUGCAUAGAACCUGCAGGCCAACAGAUGUUGCUGGACUCCAGCUCCCAUCAUCCCUGACCAUUGGCUGUGCUGGUUGGGCCUGAUGGGAGUUGAAGUCUAGCAACAUCCAGACUGGUUGCCACUGGUUCCCUAUGCCUGCUGUAGAGACGGUCCUGUUUGCUGUACGUAGAAUGCAAGUGAUAGCACAUUGGAAGAUGAGCUGGGGGAUUAACCCCUGAUGUUGUGGAUGACAUUAUUAGGUCCUGUGACAGUGUUGCCAGGAUGGACAUGGAGGCAGAAUUGGCAUCUGGGUCUGCAGCAGAUUAUUUAUUAUGCACUCUAGUAUGCAGCAUUGUUUGGGAGUUCUAAGAAACAAAACAAAAAAUCAGUGAACAUUUGAAAUCAGCGGAUAAUAUCAGUGCAGUUUUGAAGGUUCAGUUCACCACCUUGAUUCAAAAUGGCAUCCAAUUGUGUCCCAAAAUAGGUGAAAUCCUGCUUUUCAGUCCCAGAAACUGAAAUAAAAUGGUUACAAUCUCUUAAGGGAUAUCCCAGUGCAUAGCAAACAGACAGAUAAUUUUCCAAUGUGUAGACUAACAGACAGUACCUGGCAUUGCUUGGGAAUUCUAAGAAACAAAAAACUACUAAGAUAUAUAAAUGGAAAAAAUGUUUUAGUUUCAAAAUGGAAAUAAAACCCAUGUUUUCAUUCUAAUGCUAUUGAGUAAACUAUAAUGUGCAAUGCUGCCCAAAUUUGGUUGAAACCAAUCCAGUUUUAUAAGUUUCCACCUGCCAUCUUGAUUCAAAAUGGCGUCCAAUUGUAUCCAAACAUUAAUGCAAACCUUCUCUUUUAUGGAACCAUCAUGCCAAAUUUGGUGCUGAUAUCUUGAGUCUGAAUGCAUAGAGAACAGAUGGACAAAUAACUUUCCAAAAUAUAGCUAUAGUGGGAGGAAGAAGAUGAUGGAAUUACAAAUAUGUGAGUCUUUUGAGAUGCCACAGGGUACUUUAUGACUUUCCCCUCUCAUAUAGCUCAGUGAGACUUCCCUCUGCCUACCCACCCAUCUAGCACAGAGCAGACCUGAGAUGAUAAUUGUUCUGAUUUUACAAAGCACCUGAAUCUGUCCGCACAUAGAUUAAAUAGGCUGUAAACCUGCAGCGAUGCCCUUCUGUCAUCCUAAGGAGCGCAAUUCACAGGAAACAAAUCUUCUACAGGCUCCGCAGAGAUGCACAGUGGUUGGACCUCGCAAAUAAUUUAGCCGGGCUGACGCAGGAGGCUGUCGGAGCGAGGUUUUUUCCACCCGACAUAAAGAUUCUUCCAGGCACCCCCUACGGCUGAAACUCUCCCUGUGGCUGCAGUCCAACUUGGCUCCGUAAUUGAUUUAGUAAUGCAGUAUGUCACAUGCAGCCUGAUUUUAGCUGAACACUUGAGAGAAUAUAUCGUACUUUCUUUUUAACAGAGAGAGGAUGGGGGGGGGCGUGGAUUGCAUUGUUUUGCCAGGACAUAGUCUUGUCCCAAAUGCAGUCCUUUUCUACUGGUUUGGUUCAUUGCAAGUUAGUCGAGGGAAGAAUGCUUGCAUGUGUGAACAAACAUAUACAGUGGUACCUCAGGUUACAUACGCUUCAGGUUACAGACUCCGCUAACCCAGAAAUAGUGCUUCAGGUUAAGAACUUUGCUUCAGGAUGAGAACAGAAAUCGUGCUUGGAUGGCGUGGCGGCAGCGGGAGGCCCCACUAGCUAAAGUGGUUCUUCAGGUUAAGAACAGUUUCAGGUUAAGAACGGACCUCCGGAAUGAAUUAAGUACUUAACCCGAGGUACCACUGUACUAGCAGAACACGAGGGGGGGAAUCCUCAGGCCCAGGGACCCAAUGUGGCCCUCUAAGCCCCUCCACCCGGCCCUCAGAAACCUCCUCUGGCCACAUCCCCUCCCCAAUCACACCCCUUAAUGUGAUUUGUCCUUGAACUCUGAUAAUGCUUUUUGCAGCCCUUGGUUUGAAAAGAGGUCCCCACCUGUGAUGGAUUUCAACUCCCACCAUCCCUGCCCAUUGGUCAUGUUGGCUGAGGCUGAUGGGAGUCCAACAACCUCUGGAGGCACCCAAAGGUCCCCCACCCCUGCAGUGGGGGAGAUACCCACACCUCUCAGCUUGGCAAUCUGAGUGCAUUCAGGGUGCUUUCAGCUGCCUUCAUUUGUUCAGGCACUGACAACAUGGGAUGAUUCAUAGCAGUCAUGUUUUAAGAUGGGUCACCCUAACCAUAUCUCACAUCUCCUGCUUGGUUUGUCGAUCCUAAUCUGGGCAGGCGAAUACUAGCCAGCCUGAUGCCCAGAGAGCAUUGCAUGGAGGCAAUAAUAUUUCCUGCCCCUGCACCCCUACCAGCCCCCAGAGUAGGAACAAGAAGUUUCCUUUAUUUGUGCCUUAGCCUUGUACCAGCCUGUGGAACAACUCUGCUCUCUGCAUUAAGCAAUAAAGCUUUUACGGCUUCCUUGCCUUUCUGCAAAUUAGUCAGACCAGUAGGUUGGUAACUGUGGAUGAGUAAACCAACAUCCCUCCAGUCUAUAAGAUUGGGAGUGUGAAAACACACACACACACACACACACAAACUGUGAAAUAGUCACAAGUUUCUGCAUCUCUUGAGCAAGUCUGCCAAAUCUGCUUUCCCCACCCUGUGUCUGUUCUGAAUGCCGCACCGAUCUGAGCAGGAUGUUUGAUCGGGUUGAGCCGGGCUACGCUGGGCCGCUUGCCAAUUUGCUCAGACUCCUCGAUGCGGGGCUUUGUGUCGGAAAUGACUCAGCCUCUGCUAUGUGUUGCAAAGGUAAGCUCGCAAGAGCUGUGGGUGGCUUCGUGGUGAAUUUGCUGCGCCGCUGCCCGGAAAGGUUGGGCACGUCUUUGGAGCCCGCAAUUACUCAAAACGCUCCUGCAUAGGAAGUUGCUUUAUUCCGACAGUUUUGGCUGCCUUUGCAGAUGACGCCAAACUGGGAGGGGUAUUGCUAAAGCUGCAGAAGAUGGAACCAGGGUUCAAGAUGACCGCAACAGAUGGGGGAACUGGGCCAAAGCUAACCAAAUGAAUUUCAAUAGUGACAAAUGUAAGGUUCUGUACUUAGACAAGGGACGCAAAGAUAGGAUGGGAGACAGCUGGCUUGACAGCAGUGCAUGCAAAAAUGAUCUAGGGCCGUGUCCCCCAACAGGGGGGGAAAUUUGAUUUUUAAAGGGGGGCAAUUCGAGAAUGAGUUAGACCAAGUUAAUGGCCUUUUAGGCUUCCUCCAAAUGAGUGGCCAAAAAAAGGUUGGGAACCACUGAUCUAAGAAGUUAGUAGACCACAGGCGUAAUGUGUCGACUGUGUGAUGCUGUGUCAAAAAUUUUUUUACAGUGGUACCUCAGGUUAAGCACUUAAUUUGUUCCGGAGGUCCGUUCUUAACCUGAAACCUGAAACUGUUCUUAACCUGAAGCACCACUUUAGCUAAUGGGGCCUUCUGCAGCUGCCAUGCCGCCAGAGCAUGAUUUCUGUUCUCAUCCUGAAGCAAAGUUCUUAACCUGAAGCACUAUUUCUGGGUUAGCGGACUCUAUAACCUGAAGCGUAUGUAACCUGAAGCGUAUGUAACAUGAGGUACCACUGUAAUGCUAUUCUAGGCUGCAUCAACAACAAAAGUAGAGUGUUCAGUUCAAGGGAGAUAAUCUGCUCUGGACAGACCCCACCUGGAGUCCUGUGUCCAGUUCUGGGCACCACAGUUUAAGAAGGAUAUUGACAAGCUGGAAGGUGUACCGAGGAGGGCGACCAAGAUGAUAAUAGGUCUGGAAACCAAGCUGAUAUUCAGCAGCAGACUGCCACUGGAUAUGGAGGUUCCUUCAAGUACAGUGGUACCUCGGGUUACAAACACCUCGGGCUACAGACACUUUGGGUUACAGACGCCGCUAACCCGGAAGUAGUAACCCGGGUUAAGAACUUUACCUCAGGAUGAGAACAGAAAUCACGUGCUGGCAGCAGCGGGAGGCCCCAUUAGCUAAAAUGGUCCCUCAGGUUAAGAACGGUUUCAGGUUAAGAACGGACCUCCGGAACGAAUUAAGUUCUUAACCUGAGGUACCACUCAGGCCCAGGAAUGAGGGCAGGGAGCAUAGCACUCCAGGCCCUCACAACUCUUCCUAGCUACACUUUGCACACUCCUGGGGCAAAUCUACACUGGUCAGUUGUAAUGUUAAAAAUGCAUUAUAACAACGUGCCAAAAGAGGGCUCUGUAGAGGAGUGGUCCAUUUUACAAUCAGCGUAGAUCCAGCCCUGGAGUGUCUGACUUGCAAUGUGCUCCCUUGACCUCUGCUAAAACCUCUCGCUUGCCUUGGCAGUGGAUGGAGACGUGUGUCUGUUUGUAGAAACUAACCUACAUUACUAAGUCAAAUCUGCAUUUGUUGCUCCACCCACUUUUGCCUUGGGCCCCGCCCACUGCUGUCAUGCAGCACUCUUCUGACAACAGUUGUCCAUCUCCCUUCAGCUGCCCACCCCAUGAUUCCUCAGACUGCCCCUUUUAACCAGGGGCCUGUGGACCUCUGGGUAUUGCGGAGACUCCAUCAGUCUCCGCCGAUAUGGCCAAGGGCGAGGGGGAAUUGCAUGCACCGUGGAACCUCUUUCAACACUCACUUAAUUCCUCCUCAAAUUCUCAUCACGGAAGUCCGGGCAAAGCAGCUGCAGCACUUUAUGAUUUCAGUGGCAGUGCAUUCAAAGCAACGCAGCCGUUCUCCUUGGCAUCCCAAGAAAAAACCCAAUUUCCCCUGCUAAACCAGGUACGAGCAAUUUGCACACAUGUAUCUAGCUUUAAUCAGCUUUGCAGAAUAGUCGCGGGCGUUAAUCUCCGGCUCCCAGAGCAAAGAGCUACGUUAGAUUAGUGGGCCUCUUCCUUCUAAUCUCUUGCAGUUGGUCCGCAGGCAGAGCUGUCAAUUAGUCACCAAACACAAUGAUGUCGGAAGCGUUCCGCCUGUUUAGAAGCACCAAAAAAAUCCUGUGUGCAAGUUAAGGCUGGUAGAGUGGGUUUAAAUCAGGUCUAUAUAUCUGUCACAUUGGGGUUAAAAAAGAAAGUGGGAGAAAAGACUGAAUCAGGAGGUCCUGAGUUCGAAUUUCGGGCCUGCUGCAAACUCACCAUGUGGCCUGGGCCAAGCCCCAGCGAUCCCUGCACACAGAGGAUGAUGCCCUAAUAAUAAAUAUCACAUAUUUAUGUGUGCUUAGUUGAUUAGAGCGUGGUUCUGAUAACGCCAAGGUUGCAGGUUCGAUCCCUAUAUGGGACAGCUGCCUAUUCCUGCAUUGCAGGGGGUUGGACUAGAUGAUCCCCAGGAUCCCUUCCCGCUUUACAAUUCUGUGAUUCUAUGAUCCUUGUCAGGGAUGCAAGGGAAUGUGAGAAUGUGCUCCAAUGGGAAGCCCACAAGCAGGAUUUGAACACAAGACCGCUCUCCCAUCCAUCAACUGCUGUUCAGAAGCAUAAUGCUUCUGACCCAUGGAUGCAGAGCAUAUUCAUCCUAGCUAGUAGCCAUUGGUAGCCAUAUCCUCAAUGAAUUUGUCUAAUCCUUUUUUUUUUAAAGCCAUCCAAGUUGGCAGCUGUCAGGGGUUCAGGAGCAGAGGCACAGGAAAGGGAGGAAAUAGAGAGCGAGGGGGAGGAGUCCGAAGGAAAUGUUAGCGAUGACAGCGGUCCGAGGUCUCUGAGUCUUUCCAGCGAAUCGGAAGAUUCACAGAAAGGGGCCCCUUGGUCAGAGCAAGGGGGUGCCGAGGGGACACCCCAGGAAGAAGGGGCCAGAGGGGACUCAGAGAGCAGCAGUUGGAAAUCAUGACCAGCGUCCACACCAGAGUGCAGUAGGGGGAGGAGUCCCAGGCAUCGGGACUCAGGCGGCGCACUGCCAGUGGGAGGACAUGAGUCAGGAUUGGCCACGCCUCCAUCGGGGAGCGAGGAAACGGUCGAGAGGAAGGUUGAAGGCGGGCGCGCGCGCCAAGUUCAAAUGUACAGGAGGGCGGCGCAGUUGGCAGCCCGGAUAGGGAGCCAGGUCCCAAAGCCCGCCGAAAAGAGGGGGAGGAGUCAGCGGGGUCAGCGUCAGAAGAAUCCAGGAAGGAAGGGACCCCGGGGGGUAGCAGGACCCAGAGGAGAAAGGAGAGACGUAAGAGGUGGAGUAAGGCUAGAAUCUUAAACUGGUGUACAGGGGCGGAGACUCAGAUGGAGCUUCGCCGAUCUAACCCCUAGACGUAGAGCUGGGGCGCUCCGGCUUGAAAAUGGAAACUGUACUUCAAUAAAGACUUUUGUACAUUACUGCCGGCUAGCGUUGGUCCUCUGUGAGCUGGGACCUGGAGCCAGCUCUGACAGCAGCCAUCACUACUUCUUGUGGGGAGCGAGUUUGGUAGUUUCUUGGCGGUCAUCUUUUGAUGGAAGCUUUGUAUUGAAAGUAUCUGUAUCGUCAGGGAGUCUUUGAAGGAUGUCAUUAGCCUCGACCUCCACUGGACCGCAGCAGGGCAGGUUUGCGAAGCAUCAAUUUGGUGCAUUGAAUGCAUCCUUUCAAGUACAAAGCAACCACCUCCAUUGAGAACCUAAAAGCCCUCCAGGGUCCAUUUAGCGGUUUGGCGAUGACGCCAGCGGUUUGGAAAACACUCAGUGCAAAUAUUAGUGAGUUGAAAAUAAAAUUUUAAAAAUCAAAUCCGGAAUGUUGGAGAGUUUUCAGAUGUUCCCAGAGCAACAGGGGACUAUGAGGCCAAGUGGAGGGUGACCCCAACCUCCCAUAGCCCCCAGAUAGUUCCUACUUAAAGUGCAGCUACUGGUUUUAGUUGCAAUUAGGUUUCAUUUCAUUUCACCUUUAAUUUGUAUACUGCCUUUCUAUAUUACCAAACACAGGGUGGUUUACAAACUGAAGAAGCACACCUUUUAACAAUCUGACCCAAUACAAGAAUGCCAUAAUAAAAACAACUUUAAAAUAAGCAACAUAGCAAAUAAAGCAAUAUUCAACAAUCCAUUAGACUAGUAUACUAGUACACAAUACAAUUAAAUGCCAGCAAAUAAUGAUUAAACAUAAAUUCACUCCUAACAGUUCCAACAAAACAUUUCCAAAAUAAAAUCCAUAAAAAAUAACAGCAAGUCACAGUGCAUAAAAUAACAUCAUACAAAUUGAGAAGCAAAGACACACAACUUAUAUUAUUAUUUUUUUAAAAAUAUCCUGAACUGCUCUCUUCCCAACUGAUAUCCAAAUAAGGGUACCUCCAGAUAGGUGGGGACAGGAUAGUUGUUGGGGUUUUUUGCAGGUGUCUUCUGCAACAUUUUAAAAAAUUAUUUGAAUAUUUAUGACAUGAGCAAAGGACAUGUUGUCACGCACUUUCUGGUUAGCUCCAUUUUAGGAGUGCUGGCGUCCUUUGCAGACACUUCCUGUGUGCCUCAGACAUCUAUCUGUACCCAUGAGGAUUAGCAAGCUUUGUUGGGGAAGCUGAGUUUUGAAGGAUUCUCCAGUUAUCAAGUGCUGCACAGAGGCUGCAAGCCAAGGUUGCACUGCGUACCUUUGAAGGUUAAUAUGCAAGAAGUUCGAUGCGACUACAUGCGUUUGCUCUGUCCUGAAGCAAAAGGGGGUUGUCAUAGAAAUGCACACUGCCCUUACCCACAGGGCAAAGCUCUGAUCUGCAUAUAUUUGCCCUUUGGCUGGUUUAAAAAAGGCUGCAGACUUCACGAUAAGACCUAUCUUGGAACCGGAAUGCAAAGAGAAUCACACCCUUGCAGUUCUGAUAAAAGUAGGAUUGCCAUAUUUCAAGAAGUAAAAAAAUCAGGCCAACUUUUGGGGGGAAAGUUGAGCUAUUUUUGGAAAAGUUACAAAACCCCAGACAUUUUGCCAAUUUCCUGAAAUUCCCCUCGGAUGCCUAUCCCGUCGUUGGAAUCGCAGACAUGUCCAGGAAAAUUCAGACAUAUGGCAACCCUAGAUAAGAGACUCUCAGCUUCCUCUUUGGUUUCUGAUCUGGAGUUUGGGAAGCCAAAACAAAACUAAACUAAACUGGUGAAGACUUAGGACUGUUCCUUGACAUCCUUAUGUAAGAAAUGUGGCCAAAGCACAGUUGUGGAACAUUCAGGAACACCCAGACUUGAUUUGUUGUUUCUAAUGGAAUCCAGUUUUAACUAGGGUUGCAUUAUCAAACAGGCUACCUAGACCAGCCUAGCUUUUGGCCCAUGGUUUUUGCAGCACCACUUCCAUUUUGAGGUCUCCGGAUAGUCCAUACUAAAGAGGAAAGAAUCUGUCCGUUUCAGCUUCCUUGGUUUCUCAUUUUUUCCAGUCUUAAAUUCCGCUUUUCAUCUUUCUACAGGAACUUGUGCUAUGCAAACUGGAGCAAAUCUCCCACAAGUGCGGGAAGCUCAGCCCAAGCUGGGAUCCAUAUAGAUCUUUUCGUGUGGUGCCAAGUUCAUAAUCCACUGGAUCCCAAAAUUUGUUGACAUAACACACAGCCCCACUCAUUUAAGAGAACCUUUCAUGUUCCAACGGCAGCUGCCAUUUUUAUUCUCCCACAAUGCCUUUGGGCAUCUCUCCCUGAAGGUAUGCCAUGUUGGGGGCCCAGAGGCUCACUACCCUUACCCCCACUCAUUUCCUAACUUGGAUUGACGGCCAUUUAGACCUCAGGCCGCCCUGGAGCCGUCAGCAACUGCCGUCUUGUACUGAUCAGGCGGCCUUCGUUACUCUUAUUUGCCACCAAUUAACUUUGGAAAAGCAGCACGCCUGACUUGCAAAUUGGGUGGAGAAGCUUAAAGAAGGAAACUUGUUCUGUCAUUAGUUAAUCUGUAACUGUACAGCGAAAGGAAAGGCCCACAUAAAUCCAAACAAUAACCUUAAAGACUGGUGGAUGGAAACUCUGAGGGAACGAUAAGAGCAGAGAGCUUGCACGAAGUUGUUUUAUUUUUUUUAUACUGAACAGGUGAUUCUUUAGCGGGUUCAGAGGGAGAAGACUAAACUCUUUGAGCAAAAUUAACUGGGAAGCUCAGGAAUCAAGAAGACAAGAAAUUCAAAAAAGAAUGGGAGAUGUUUAUUACUGUAAACAUGUCAAAAUUAUUGUAAACAUGUCAAAACAUUAGCAGGAUUUUAAAUACACUUGUAAUGUAACAGAACAUAUAGUUGAUUUGGGAAGAAGGGAAAUUGGAGAAGUACUGAUAAGCAGAUGAAAAUUGAAUUAAAACUACCCAUGGAAGGGAUGGGGGGAAGUCAGGAGAUUCAGAGUAAUCUCAAUAUUUGGAUUAUGUGUUGUUUUUUGUUGUAUGUUUAUUUUUCAUUUUUGGAAAAAUUUAAUUGAAAAGAUUAUAUAAAAAAAGACUAGAAACUCCUUGACACGAGGGUUUUUGACUUAUUGAGAGAGAGGCAACCCCGUUCUGGGUUUUGUGCCUGCAAACCGUAGUUGGCAUUUUGGUCAGAUUCAAGAUUCCUUCUUCUUUAUGCAGGUACGAUGCAGGAAAAGAUGGUUUCAUUGACCUGAUGGAACUGAAGCUGAUGAUGGAGAAACUCGGGGCUCCCCAAACACACCUGGGGCUGAAAAACAUGAUUAAGGAGGUGGACGAAGACUUUGACGGCAAACUCAGCUUCCGGGAGGUAAUAGUUGCGGCGAGAGAGCCUAUCCGACUCAAAAAGUAGGGUUUAGAAUGCUUUCAGUAAGGGAUGGGGAAUCUGGGGGCCACAUUCCCUCAUGGGCCACCUCACAGGGGCCGUGUGCUCUGGAACGGAGCCUGCCAUACAAUAAUCUGUGGCUCCACCCCACACUGCUUUUGGCCCCUGGAAGACUUGCUCACGGAGGAAUGCGGCCCUCCAGAAUAGAUAAACGUCAUUCUUCAAAAAAUGCUCAUCCAUAUACAGUGAUACCUCGGGUUAAGAACGUAAUUCGUUCUGGAGGUCUGUUCUUAACCUGAAGCACCACUUUAGCUAAUGGGGCCUCCUGCUGCUGCUGCGCCGCCGAAGCAUGAUUUCUGAUCUCAUCCUGAAGCAAAGUUCUUAACCUGAAGCACUAUUUCUGGGUUAGCGGAGGCUGUAACCUGAAGUGUAUGUUCAAGUUACCACUGUACCACUGUAUUAAAAAGCAAAGCGCAACAAUGGUCAGCCCAAAAUGGAAGUGGAUGCUGUUCUGUAGGGCUGCUGCAAUAGACUCUUAAUUUGUUCUUUCUUUUCUGCCCCGAAGCAAGAAAUAAAAAUAAAGCCAAGGCAGAAAAAUCAAACUCUUUCUCAAAUGGGGACGGCAGGAAAAUUCUCCUUUUGAAAAAGAGGCAAAGGCUUCUGUGGAGAGGCAAAGGCUCUGGGGCAAGUGCCCUGAAAAAGAGCUGCCUUUUUCAGCGAUGCAGCUCAGAAAGGUUUCCAUUUGAUUCCUUCCUACAUGGCUGAGAGGACCAAUGGGAUAUACCGUAUUUUUCGCUCGAUAACACGCACCUGACCAUAACACGCACAUAGUUUUUAGAGGAGGAAAACAAGAAAAAAAAAUUCUGAAUGAAACAGUGGAUGUAUCAUUUUUGUGCUUCAUGCUGUGGCCACAGACAUGUGAUUUGACGGUGAGUUUGGGGUAGCCCAAUGCAAAGAUCCUGAGGAUCCAUGUGGAUCCGUGCUUUGUAACCACGUUUUUGCACCAUUGCAGCCCUGUUUUUGCAUCAGAUCAUUGCUAUGUGAUCUGAUGGUGAAUUUGGGGUGACCCAAUGCAAAGAUCCUGAGGAUCCAUGUGGAUCCGUGCUUUGUAACCACGUUUUUGCACCAUUGCAGCCCUGUUUUUGCAUCAGAUCAUUGCUAUGUGAUCUGAUGGUGAAUUUGGGGUGACCCAAUGCAAAGAUCCUGAGGAUCCAUGUGGAUCCGUGCUUUGUAACCACGUUUUAAGUGGGGAGGGAAGGAAAAACAUAGAAGGGACAAGGAGCACCGAGAGGGGUGUGCGGAGAAGCAGCUGGCUAAGAAUGCAGGAGAGGGGUUUUACCGGAGGGAGGAAAGGAAGGCAAAAGUUCCCCCCACGCACCCACCCAAGCCAGCCAGCUCUCUCUCUCUCCCCCACCUGCAUGUUGCAGCACCGGAGCACAAGAGGAAUUAGAAGGAAGGACGCUCUGCUUUCCCCUCUGCUUGCCUGGAGGGGAGGGGUUUUCUCUGCUCUUUGUUCCGUUUGAGCAAACACAGUAACAAACAGAAGCAGGUGGGCAGUAAGACCCUGAGGCAGAAUGCAGGAAAGCAGCAGCUUCCUCUUUUCAAGGCUUCCCUUCUCCGGACGAUUGAUAUUUGCCUGAUUUUUGCCUUCACUUGCGCCUGUCGGCUCCAGGGACCACACAUUCGCUCAAUAACACGCACAGACAUUUCCCCUUACUUUUUAGGAGACAAAAAUCUGCGUGUUAUAGAGGGAAAAAUACGGUAUAAUACUGUCACUCCCCCUGCCACAAAUAGCUUCUUGUGGAGGUGGAGAAAUCUGCAGCGAGGAACCAUUGUAGGGGAAAAGAUUCUAUGGCUCUGAUACAAAAUAGGUCCCCAGUUUUGCCCUAAAGCAGCCACCUGAAUUGCUUUGGGCUUGGGCUGUAUCCGAAACGCCUCUCAAAAUCAUCCAUCCUUUUUAUAGGCCGGGAAAUUGUUUAUUAUUUUAAAGGAGACAUGCUUGUUUUUUCCCCAUUCUUCAGCUUCCCCCCAACAACAAAAACAACAAUGUUCCUAAUAAAAUACAAAAGUAUAUAGAUAUAUAUGCAUAUAGUAGGGUUGCCAUAUUUCAAAAACUGAAGCUCAUCAUCUCUCUGUCUGAAGAAAUCAGUUUGGGAGUUUUGAUUUUCCUCUUCCCUCCCAGUCUGUUUUCCUUUGCACGCCGUGUUCUUUUUAAAUUGUAAGCUUUGCGGGUAGCGACGGUCGUGUUUUGGUUGUGUGUAAGCUGUUCUGGGAGCCUUUUGGGGCUGAAAAGCAGGGUACAUAGACUCUUUAUAAAUAAAAUGUCUUUUGAGAAAUAUUGGUUCAGUUCUGCUUUGUACGGUGGAGGGAGGGGAGCACAUAUUACUCCCGCCCCCUGACCCCGCAGCCAAUUUAGUAUCCCUUUCCACCACCCCAAGCAAGACAGAGAGCUUUUAAGAUCUCAUGAGAACCUCCCAGAGCUUGGUAAGUAAGCCUGGAAGCUUAAAAGCUCUCCUUCUUUCAUGCAUUUUAAUUUUGCGAGAUUAUUGCCAGCUUUCAACCGUGUCAGGUUGCAAUUGCACGAGUUCAAUGCGCCUGCGGUGCAAUCACGCUGUAGUACUCUGUCCCUUUUGCAAGUAGGAUUCUCACGGGAUUCUGGAGGAAUGAAAUUCACGGGAGGUUUGUGUUUUCUGUCUUCCCCCGCCCUGGCUCCAGUUUCUUCUGAUCUUCCGCAAAGCUGCAGCAGGCGAGUUGGAGGAAGACAGUGGCCUGCACGCCUUAGCCCGCCUGUCGGAGAUUGACGUUUCGACGGAGGGGGUCAAGGGAGCCAAGAGCUUUUUCGAGGCCAAAGUAAGGAGCGGCUGGGUGCUCUGUUCCCUUGGGAUCAUACCACCAUCUGCACAUAGCCCAAGGCAGGGGUUGGCAGCAUGGAGUGGCUGCCUAUGUGCCCAUAGAGGCCUUUCGUGGUGCUUCCAUCCCCCUGAAACCAUAACAAAUAGCCCUCGGAGGCAAGCACUUGUCAGUCGGUCCUGCUGCCUCGCUGCUCAUUGGCUAGAGCAGUGGAAGGCGGGAACAAGGUGACUUAUUGUGGAGCGAUUGGGCAGAAUCCUCCCUGCAUGCUUUCCACAGGUAAGAGGGACUAGAAACUUGCUUGGUUAGAAGCAGAGGCAGAUAAUGCAGGCAGGGGGUGCCAUUCCAGCACCAUUUAUGGAGUGUGCGUCAGAAAUGGCAUUUCUAGCUACCCAAGUUUACCUUAAAAUAAUAGUAAGCAAAGGAAGUCCUCAGACCACUGUCUCUUCCUGUUAGUUUACUAACUUUAGUCGGACACUCACCACACUGGCCCUUCCCAACUGAAUCCACUGAAUGGUCAUAUUCAGAUGGAAAAGAGGUGCAGCUCAGUAGCAGAGGGUAGGUUUUGUAUGCAAACGGUCCAGAACUCAGCCUCUGAUAUUCUUUGGUAGGUGUGUGAAACAGAAAGUCCUGUCUGAAACCCUGGCAAGCUCCUUCCAAGUUAGUAUUGACAAGUAUGGAGUUAGAUAGACCAGAAAAAAGCAAUUUCCUGUUAAAACCAGCCCUCUGUUCAGAACCAUGAAGACAGGUGUUAAGUUGUGGGUGAACAUAUCAGACGACACAGCGAUUCUUCAGACAGCUCUUGUUUAUUCACAGGCCAGAACAGAACUGAACUGAAGGGUUCAGCCAGCCUGCUUAUAUAGAGCUCCACUAGAACACAACAGUAACCAUUUUCUGUAACUAUCCAAUCACUGAACGUCACUUUCGAUCCCUUAUUUGCAUAUGUGGACCUGAACUAUCUACAGUAACCCCCUGCUGGCCCAGGGUGAGAACUUCAGUACAUAACAACAGGGGUCAGCAAACUUUUUCAACAGGGGUCCAAUCCACUGUCCCUCAGACCUUGUGGGGGGCUAGACUAUAUUUUUUUGGGGGGGGGAAUGAACGAAUUCCUAUGCCCCACAAAUAACCCAGAGAUGCAUUUUAAAUAAAAGCACACAUUCUACUCAUGUAAAAGCACCAGGCCGGCCCCACAAAUAACCCAGAGAUGCAUUUUAAAUAAAAGGACAUAUUCUACUCAUGUAAAAACAUUCUGAUUCCCAGACUGUCCGCAGGCCGUAUUUAGAAGGCGAUUGGGCCGGAUCCAGCCCCCGGGCCUUAGUUUGGCCACCCAUGGACUAGAACCUUACCUCACUUUUAGAGAAAGGACUUUAGCUCCGUGGUACAGCAGUGUUAGCUUAAUACAGUGGUACCUAGGGUUAAGGGACGCGGGUGGUGCUGUGGGUUAAACCACAGAGCCUAGGACUUGCCGAUCAGAAGGUCAGCAGUUCGAAUCCCCGCGACAGGGUGAGCUCCUGUUGCUCGGUCCCAGCUCCUGCCAACCUAGCAGUUCGAAAGCACGUCAAAGUGCAAGUAGAUAAAUAGGUACCACUCCGGCAGGAAGGUAAACGGCGUUUCCGUGCCCUGCUCUGGUUCACCAGAAGUGGCUUAGUCAUGCUGGCCACAUGACCUGGAAGCUGUACGCCAACUCCCUCGGCCAUUAAAGCAAGAUGAGCGCCGCAACCCCAGAGUCGGCCACGACUGGACCUAAUGGUCAGGGGUCCCUUUACCUUUUAUAGCACAUACAUGCUUUGCAGUCAAAAGGCUCCAGGCUCAACCUCUGAUAUUUCUAGGUAGGUAUGCAUGGGGAAGAGAGAAUCCUGUUGGAAACUCUGCUGCUGGUCCAUGUUGACAAUACUGAGGUCGGUGGACCAAUGGGCAGACUCGGUUGCAGGCAUUUUUCUGAUGUUGUACUGCUGGGAUCUUUGGUUCAUCCUUCCUCUUUCUCCUGCUCCUGCUUCCUGGCGCUAAGUGUUUGUAGUGAGAGGAGCUGCCCAUUUGGACCAUUCCAAUCUCACCUGUCCAGUUUUUCUGCUUCCAGGUGCAAGCCAUGAAUGUCACGAGCCGCUUCGAAGAGGAGAUCAAGGCGGAGCAGGAAGAGAAGCGGCGGCAAGCGGAGGAGAUGAAGCAGAGGAAAGCAGCCUUCAAAGAACUGCAGUCGGCCUUCAAGCAGUGACAGGGCCAGCCCGAGCAUUGCUGGGAGGGACGUUUGUCCGCGGUGAAGGCCGCCCCAGCAAAGUCCUCCAGCGAAACCGGGAACGAUGCGAAGUUGCCGGCGGUUGUGCGGUUCCCACCUUUUGAGUCACGCCUUCAGCGGCUGCUUGAUCUGCAGGUGAUGAGGUUUACCUCCCUGCUGUGACACAUUCCCAUUUUCUGCCGCUCAGGCAGCCGUUGAAGGCACAAGAGCAGGCCCAGUUAGGGGUUUCCCGGUCAGUUGGCAACCCUAGGUUGUGGUUUGUGUUUGGAACAAUGCGGAAAAGAAUUUGCAGUUGAAUCUGGAGUCGUUCAGGCCUCGGGCUGUGAAAACAACACCUCUCUUGUUUCUUCUAGACCUGUAAAUACCACAGGCAAACAUCCCAGAGGCUGCCGCUCCCAUCCACUUUCCUGUGGGCCAGUUCCGUGUCUUUUACCUGUGAAUGGCGUGUCGUGUCUGUCUGGUGGGAGUUUCCUAACUCUUUGUAACUGCGUGGCGUGUCCUGAGCUCAGGCUUUGCACUUUCGACUUGUGAACCAUUUCAUCUCCCAGCCGGUUUGGUGAUCGCUGUGGUCGUUGGCUCACGGUCGAAGACCGGGGUUUGCGGGGAAGGCCUGAACGUACCCUUGCUCCGACAGCUGUGCUUGUGCAAAAGAAAAUAAGAAUGCAACUUUAGCGUGUGCAAUCCCUUCCAAUCAAAAACGCUUUAAUUGAUCACGUUAAAGUCCCUUUGCUUGAAGUGUUGCCAAAAAAUCAGGUGUGUGUAUGUGUGUGUGUGUUGGAAAGCGGGAAAUCUGCAGACUCUCCAGGGUGGCUCAGUUUGCAGUGCCAGCCUGCAGAAUUUGCCCUUUUCCUGAACAACAUGAUAAAUGAAAUGCAGCUCUCUGAAAUUCGCAUUCUUUUCUUCUUCUUUUUGCAAUACAGUACUCCAGCCAAAGAAAUCAUGUAUGUGUUAGAUGGAAGUGCACCUAAAAUGCAUGUCGUCAUGGAAAUAGCUCCCCCCAAAAUACAUCUUACUAGAGCAAAAAUGCUUGGGGAAAUGGGUACGUCCAGCAAAAUUGCAUACACAAAUCUGAAUACAGGUAGGUAGCUGUGUUGGUCUGCCGUAGUCGAAACAAAAUAAAAAAUAAUAAAAUUCCUUCCAGUAGCACCUUAGAGACCAACUAAGUUUGUUAUUGGUAUGAGCUUUCAUGUGCAUGCACACUUCUUCAGAUACUUCUUCAGAAGUGUGCAUGCACACGAAAGCUCAUACCAAUAACAAACUUAGUUGGUCUCUAAGGUGCUACUGGGACAAAUCUGAAUGUUAGGGAAAUGUGCACUCAAAUGCUGAGUAAUUUUCAUGAAGACUUUCAAAAAUGGCAAACCGGUGUAGGACUGUGGCAAGCUGAACCGAAUGUGUUUUCCAAGUGCCCCUGCCCUUGCUUGUAUGCAACAGAGGCUGGUCCAUUCCCCACCAAUCUUAGCCAGCCCCCCACUUGCCUCCCUUACAGCCAGUCCAAAGGAGUGGUCCUUCCUCUAUCCUGAGUCUUAAUGUUGCCCCUUGUAGAAAUCAACAGGAAGGAGGAUGGCAACAAAGCCAGAAUGAGUAGUAGGCACUGCCUUUCGUUGUCUCUGGUGCCACCUACUGUUGGCCUCCCUGCCUUCCACCCUACUGGUCUCAGUGGGCACCAGUUACCGCUGCUUGAAGGUGAGGGUGGGCGUUUCCCCAUCUUAAGAGGAGGGGCGCUGUAGCAUUGCAUUUUUGCUCACCUGGGCAGAGGGGUCGCACUUCUUCCUUGAGAGGGGUUUGUGUUUCCUCCUGCUCACACUGUGGGCAGGAAGGUGUUGUGUUAGCUCUUUGGCCAUUACCAUUGGUAAAGCGGGCUGGGUGUAUUAGGACUGCCUACGGUUCAGCCUUAUUGUCCCCAAGAACUUGAGGAGAGAAAGCUGUGUUGGCCACACACACACCAAUGAUUCCCUCCCCACCCCCCAAUUAGGCUGGAGCCUUGAGAUUUUGUCACCCUAGACUCAUGGUUCAUAAGUUCGAUAGCCAAUACAGGAAACCCAUUGCCCUGAAGGGCAGCCUUCUUCUUCUAAGCCUGUGACAAAGUUGGCACAUUCCAUUGCGUCUAGGUUGCAUUCGCUCAAUACUGUGAGUCUCUCGGCCUCCCAUCAAAUACCUGUACUAGAUAAGGAGCCUUGUCCUUGUAAGUUGCAAAUGGGGAACCUCUGGUCCACCAGAUGAUGACUUGAAGUCCCAUCAGCCCCAGCUAAACAUCUGAGGGGACCUUCCUCUCAUAAGUUGUCGGCUUGCGUUCUGAAGACUUAUUUUCCUGCUAUUGAUUAGCUCAUCGCUCCGUAAGUUUGCCAUUUUAAUAGGUGCUGCUGCUCAGGAAAAAGAAGGUGGUCUGACAUACAUAUUUUGGUGAAAUAAUAAUAAUAAUAGUAAUAAUUUUUUUACGGUGUUGCCCCUCCCACCGAUCUUAUUUUAGCCCCAUCUACAGAUGCCCUCAACUUCCAGUAAACUUAACUUUGUGCAGUGUGGAUGAAGGCCUUAACCAUGCUUCAUGGGGCAGUGGGGUCAAAGGGCAUUGUAAGUUGGGCUCUUGCUAGAGAAGCAUAACACUGAAUCAUAGAAUUGUAGAGUUGGAAGGGACCUCAAGGGGCAUCUAGUCCAACCCCCUGCAAUGGUUGUUUUGCCCAAGGUGGGGCUUGAACCCACAAGUCUACCAACUGAGCUAGUCCAGAAAAAGCAUAUUUCUUUCUCUCUCUCUCUCUCUCUCUCUCUCUCUCUCUCUCUCUCUCAUACUCUCUCUCUCUCUGUAUGUGUGAGUGUGUGUUUUAUAUCAUGGCAAUAACCCAAGUGCUGAAGUUGUGAUGCAACAGGCAACUCUUCUUGCAGAAAAGUAUCAAGCUAUCUUUUAAAAAAAGAAAAGCCUUUUUCAUACCUACACAUUCUGGGCAAAUCCACCCAAAUCUAGAACCACGUGGGCAAAACUUGUAAGAAAAGUGUAAUAGUCUAUAUUCAUGUUGAAUGUUCAGGCUGGGAGACCACCCCUAAGUGCUUUUAAAUGUUCAAAUGGCUUAAUCUGGAUGAUUAUUCUGUUUUAAUUUUUUGCAUGCACUGUGAUCAUUAAAGAAAGAGACAACCCCCGGUUGUCAAAUUCAGGUUCUGAAGCAGAAACCCUCAGUGUGUUUGACAAGGGGAGAAAUCUACUCCAAAAAAAUGCUUUUUUAGCUCAAAGCUCGAAAAGGAAAGUGAUAGAGUUAGCAUUGCCAACUUUUUAAUUCCCGUGGAUGCAUUCCUGUAUAAAGGUUCCAAUGGCAGGGUGGGUUUUUUUGGGGGGGGGGUUGGAGAGAAGGGGUGAUUUUCCAUACACUUGAAGUGCCCCCUUUGGGAUGUGCAAAGUAAAAAUUUUUGUGACCUGCAGACUUUGAUAGGGGGCGGAGUGUUUCUUGAUUCCACAUUCGACCUGCGCAUUUCUGAUUAUUGCAGUGGAGGAGGACAGGCAACUAUUUUUCUUAGAAGUUGGCAAUGCUGAAUAGACCACUUUGUUUUUGAGACUUGAGGCAGCAACAAGGGAAGUCCGUGCCCUUGGCAGAAUAAGCUCCCUGAGCAAAGCUGAGCUUUAAAAGCCAGAGAGUUGACAUUAUAUUUUGUUACAUAUAUAUUUUGUUACCCAGCAAAAAAAAGAAGAAGUCCAUUCUCUCCCAUUUGCCAUGUGAAAUCCCCUCCGGUUUCCUCCUUCCCUUUCUUUCCCUUUAUAUUUUUUUUGGCAAAAGUCCUGUUGAUCUCAGAGGCUUUGUUUAUUUUUUCAUAUUGCGACCAUAGGUGGUUGGGGGUCCGGAGUGGGGAGGGGGUUUAAGAAAGUGUUAUAUUCAGUCUCCCCUUCCAUUCUUCUCAACCUGUUUCCCUCCCCCACCCACCAACCCACUCACCAAAUAGGUUUAAAUGGAUGGAUUGAAAAGAAUGUGUUUCUGCUUUUGAUUCCAAAAGCUGUUCCAUUUCAGUGGUAUGAUUUUAUUUUUUUUAACCAAAAGUAAUUAAAAAAUAUAUUUCAUAAGCA